ACACGGAUGAACAUUAAGUCAGAGGAAAGUGGAGGUCCUUCCAGAGGCUGGUGGCAUCUUCACUGGGGAAAUAUUGCAAAUAACAGCGGGAACAUGAAGCCACCACUCUUGGUGUUUACUAUGUAUCUGCUAUGGUUGAAAGAUUGUCGCUGUGCACCUACUUGGAAGGACAAAGCUGCUAUCGGUGGAAACCUGAAGAGUUUUUCUGACGCUGGGGAGAUAGCUGUAGAUGAAGCAGUCAAGAAGGCUUUGAUUGGUGUUAAGCAGAUGAAAAUCAUAAUGGAAAGAAGAGGGGAAGAACACAGCAACUUAAUGAAAACCCUGAAGAAAUGCAGAGAAGAAAAGCAGGAGGCCCUGCAACUUAUGAAUGAAGUUCAAGAACAUCUGGAUGAGGAAGAAAGGCUAUGCCAGGUGUCUUUGGCAGAUGCCUGGGAUGAAUGCAGAUCUUGCCUGGAAAGUAGCUGCAUGAGAUUUUAUACAACCUGCCAACCUAGUUGGUCCCCUGUGAAAAAUACGGUAAGAGGAAAGCAGAGUUCAAGAUUUCAGAGUUCUGAGGCCCUGCAACUUAUGAAUGAAGUUCAAGAACAUCUGGAUGAGGAAGAAAGGCUAUGCCAGGUGUCUUUGGCAGAUGCCUGGGAUGAAUGCAGAUCUUGCCUGGAAAACCCUGAGCACGGAGGCCUGACUUCAAAAAUGUUACCUGCGCAGGACAGAGGACUGUGUGGGGAACUUGGCCAGAAUUGGUCAGGAUGUUUCAAAUUUUACAAAAGAUGCCGAAAAUGUCAGGAUUACCUGUCUGAAGACUGUCCUGAUGUCCCUGAACUCCACACGGAAUUGGAUGAGGCCCUUAGAUUGGUCAAUGUAUCCAAUCAGCAAUACACCCAGAUUCUCCAGAUGACCCAGCAGCACCUGGAGGACACGUCAUAUCUGAUGGAGAAGAUGCGAGAGCAGUUCGGUUGGGUGUCUGCCCUGGCAAAUCUGGCUCCAGGAACGGAGAACGUCAGCAGUUCAACAAAGGUAGCGGCAAGACCCAAGAGCAGACAUGGACAUUAUAUGCUCAUACCUUGACUUUGCUGUGAAUUUACUUAUUAAUUAUAUCUGAAUUUGAAAACAAGCUAUAGGCAGAUAUCAUAUUCUCAUUGCAAAUAUCUAACUGACUUGAUUUCAUGUAGUAUACGGUCCUUAGAAAAUAAGAAACUCUAUAAAGAAA